AGGAAGCAAUUUUUUCAUCAUGGCUGAUGAGACUACGAAGACUUUAUUACACGACCUACAACUUGCUCACUUGGUGGAAACUUUUGAAAAAAAUAAAAUCAGCAUGGAUGUAUUAGAAAUAAUAUCUGAAGCAUUGAUAUGUGAUCUUAUACCUAUUAUUGGUGACAGAGCCAAAUUCCUUAACUAUUGGCGUAAACAUUUUGGCAAAGAUGAAUGUGAUGAAAGUAAUGAUUAUCAUGCAAAUAAUAAAAAGAAAAGAGGUGAUGAUUCUAUGGCCGAUAGUUCAAUGAAAUCAGCUAAAAAACUAAAAGAUGAAGAAAAUUCGUCAAGUUCUGUCAACGUUUCAUAUAAUAAUAUUUAUGCUAAACAAUCACUGAAACCUCUGAAGGACCUGCUCAUGGAAUCUAUGAUAGGAAAAGAAAUUUUAGCCUCGUUUGAACAGAACAACUUUGUGCAUGAUAAACAUAGGAAUAAGCUGUGUCACAUAAUCAUAACAGAUUUAGAAAAUCGAUCAAUAAGCUUAAAUAAUGCGCUAGCAGACACGAUCGUUACAAUGAUUAUUAAAACCUUCCCAUCAGAAGCAGCAAAUACGUACUACAUACCACCAAUUGCAAAAAAAGAUUCUUCCAGUAAUAAAUCCAUACCUGCUCGUGGAAAAUUGAUGAGUAUGUGGCGGAACCGUCAAUGCCAAUAUAAAAAAUUGCAAGUGAAAGUAACCAAUGAGGCGAAAGCUGCAAAUGAUCAAAGCACUGAGCCCGAGACCAUACAAGAUGAUAUGAAACAUUCCCUGGACUGGUUAGAAAAGAAUCAAGCUCCGUGGGAUCUAGUUUUAGAGCAUUGGAAAAAAACUUCUGCUCAUCGAACCAAAGCAUUAAAACAAUCAACAGACAAAAAUUUGGUGGAUAUAUUUGAAACAUGGAAGCUGUAUAAGCAUCCUAGUGGAUAUGAAUUAAUUGAUGCUGAUUUUCAAUGCUUAAACUUAUCUAAAGUGAAUUUGGAUAAAGAUAUUUGGUUAAAAUUUGUAAAUACUUUGCAGCAGCAUACUUGUAUUAGCUCCAAAGAUGAAACAGCAAAGGUUCUUAUAGAAACAAUGAAGUCUAAAGAUGUUUCAGAUGAUUCCAUGAUAGCCAUGAGUCUUAGUUUACUUCCUCACUUGCUUCCACCAAGACGAAUGAAUAGGAUACAAAACAAGUGCUUCAAGCCAUCUGUCGGACUCGCAAAAGAUAGUUUCUUAAAAUUUGCAAAUAUUCCUGGAGACAUGAUGAGACUCAGGCAAGAAACAAAAGCGAGGGCUGCAGAACUUAAACUUUCAGUCCAGCCUUUUUUGAUCAUUGUAGGAUCUAUUGAAGAUGUACAAGACAUUUAUGUCUGUAUUGACAACGAGUUGUACAAAGUUCAAGGAGUUCUACAAGGCUUAGAUAUCUGUUUUAAGACUUUUCAUGUAUUCAACCUCGAGUAUCCUGUGGCCAGUGAGCAUUUAUGGAUAUUAAUUCAAAAAGGAAUCUACAAUAUCAAUUUACCCUACGAUCCGCAUAUUACAUCCAUUGAACAUGUGCUAAAGCAGCUAACUGAGAGGAAUACUGCAGAGGAGAAAACGUCGGAUUCGAACAAGUAAAAGUAACAUACAUUUCAAUCUCAAGAGCGAAUAUAAAGAAAAUCUUUUCUUGUUUUUCUUGCGUAUUGUAACUAGUGUUUUCAGUUUUUCGUUAACUAGGACACAUUUUUUAUUUUUAUCAUUAUUUCUUGUUCGUUUAUACA